AUGACAACCAGGGCCUUGGAGGAGUUGGAUGGAGGCCUGGGCAGUUGCCAAGUGGAGGAGGACCUCUCUGCACUGCCUGACCCCUGCCCAGGCCGGCCCCGGGAGGACAGGGCUCAAGCGACAUCCAGGCUGGCCGACUCCAGCAGCUGGCCCCGUGAUUCUCAGGAGCCGGCAGCUGAGGGCAGCCCUGCAGGCGGUGUGGAUGCUUGGCCCAAGAAAACAGAAAAGGAUCCUGUGGCCAAAGUGGCCUCCGGACCUGGUAAGGAGAGGCUGAAAGCAGGAGCAAGCCCCCAGAGCCCCGCGCGGAAGAAGGCGCAGGCCGCGCCGCCCUCGCAGCCGCCGCCCCCGCCCCCGGUCCUGAGCGAGGAGCUGCUCUGGGGACACUUGACGCUCAACAAGUGCCUAGUGCUCGCCUCGCUCGUGGCGCUGCUGGGCUCCGCCUUCCAGCUGUGCCGCGAGGCCGUGGCGGGGGAGGCGGAAGCCCCUGCGCCUGUCCCUGAGCCGUGGGUCCCGGCAAGCUCGGCCCUGAAGGAGCCAGCGUCACCCCUGCCAAAGUCCGUGGCCUGGGCCCCCCCACUGGGACCGCCAGAGCCCCCGGCGAAGGUAGAGGAAAGGGCCGCGGUUCCCAGGAGCAGCGGGGCUGCAGGGAAGGACAAAGGGGAGUCUGAGGAGGCCGCUGAGGAGGAGCGCGUGCCGCUUGCCAACCGAGGGCCCAAGGAGAGGCGGAAGAAGGAGGAGAAGCCGAGACAGGAGAGGCCCCGGAAGGAGAGGCCACAGAAGGAGGAGAGGCCGAGGAGGGAGAGACCCCGGAAAGAGGAGAAGCCGCGGGCUGCCGGCCCCCGACGCUGGGAGGCGCGCGAAGGGGGCCAUCGGGCAUGGGCGGGAGAGUCCGGAGACCCCGAGCAUAGGAAGAGGCAGGCCUGGGCCUCCCCGCGGCGCCCCGACGAGGAGGACCGGCCUCCCGGCCGCCAGAAGCACCACGCGGGCAAGGGGCAGGACUGA